CUCGGCUCGGUGUUCUUGUACGAUUGUGUAGAGAGAAGGAAAAACGCAGCAAAAAUUUAUCGGAAGCGCUCCUAUUUUCGAUCAAAUUUUCCUCGGUAAAAUUCGUCGCAAGUUUCCGCUCCCGUAUUCUUCUGGUUCUGGAACGGGGAAGAACGCCAUCUCGAAACGCCAAGGAAGAGGGUUUUGUGUCCGCUGAUUUUGUGCCAGGAAUCGGUGAUCGAAAAUAAAAGUGUAUUCAAAGUUGGAAGGAAGGGAAUAAUCGCCGCGAGUGUGCAUCAAAAUCUGUGUGUUUCCGUGAUCGCGGUGAGACUUCGCGAGUGUUUUUCGGGUUUCGGUAUUCUGCCCUUCCCCCCAGCUGCCAAGAGAUUCCCCCACGGUUUGGGCAGGAGUUCAGAGCCGAGCUGUGCCGCCAAGAUCCCUCCGUUGCUGGCUGCCGUCGUUGUUUCGCCACUGCUGCUGCUGCCGGAGAACGAGAAGCGCUUUGCUGGGGUCCAUCCGGAAGUAGAUGAAGGAACCAUCAAUCGCGCCAACUGAAGUACCUUUUGAAUCAAGCGCCUCCUCUAACUUCGUGGCUAUCGGGCGUGAUUCUUCCGGCGCGCAUCUCGUGCCUGCUUCACAACGCCACCACCAUCUGCUACGACCGAGCGCAGCCAGCAAAGAAACGUCCCGCCGUCAGCCCGCUCCACCCGCCAAAGGUACUAGCACCAUCCGGAGACAACGCCGCCGAAGAAGAUGUCCCGCAAUAAAGACAAGUACGACAACAACAACCCCCGGCGGCAGCAGACCUUUCUCACGGCGGAGGACAUUGCGGCCGGCAAGAAGACCUGCUGGCAUGGCGUCGAGAUAACGGGUAGUGUGCGCAACCUCAGCCCCACGCUGUGGAAGUUCGAACAUCUGACGGCGCUCUACCUGAACGACAAUUGUCUGAUGCGGCUGCCGCACCAGAUCGGACAGUUGGCCAGUUUGCGUACGUUGGACCUGUCCAGCAACAAGCUGCGUAGCUUGCCGGCCGAACUGGGCGAGCUCAUACACCUGAGGGAACUCCUGCUGAACAACAACCUGCUGCGUGUGCUUCCGUACGAGCUGGGUAAACUGUUCCAUCUGCAUGUGCUCGGACUGCACGGGAACCCGCUCGGAAAGGACGUGAUGUCGCUCUACAACGAGCCCAACGGAACGCAGAAGCUGCUCACGUACAUGCUGGAUAAUCUGUCAGUGACCGUGGCACCGCCGCCGCAACGUCCCUGGAUUCCUUUAGCGAGGCCAAAUCGGACCAGGGGUGCAUGCAUAUUCACCGUCAUGUGCUAUAACGUACUGUGCGACAAGUACGCCACCAGACAGAUGUACGGUUACUGUCCGAGUUGGGCCCUGAGUUGGGAGUAUCGGAAAAAGGCAAUUUUGGACGAGAUCCGACACUAUUCGGCUGACAUCAUUAGCUUGCAGGAGGUCGAGACGGAUCAGUUCUUCAACUUUUUCAAACCUGAGCUGAAGAACGACGGCUACGAGGGCAUUUUUUCGCCCAAGUCCCGUGCCAAGACCAUGUCCGAGUCGGAUCGGAAGUACGUCGACGGGUGUGCAAUUUUCUUCCGUUCAUCUAAGUUCUCUCUAAUCAAGGAACACCUGGUCGAGUUCAAUCAGCUAGCGAUGGCGAAUGCGGAAGGAUCGGACCAUAUGCUAAAUCGGGUAAUGCCCAAGGACAACAUUGGGUUGGCGGCGCUGCUUAAAGUGAAGGAGAGUGCAUGGGAAGGUGUCCCGCCGGAACAGGUUGCCGCUUCGCAACCGAUUCUGGUGUGUACAGCACACAUCCACUGGGAUCCGGAGUUUUGUGAUGUUAAGCUCAUUCAGACAAUGAUGCUCAGUAACGAGCUGAAGACGAUACUGGAUGAGGUUGGACACAGUUUCCGACCAGGGCACAAGUUCGAUGUGAACAAUGUGCAGCUGGUGCUGUGCGGCGACUUUAACUCGCUGCCGGACUCCGGUGUAAUCGAGUUUCUCAGUGCCGGACGUGUAUCAAUGGACCAUCAAGAUUUCAAGGAGCUGGGCUACAAAUCCUGCCUGCAGCGUAUAUCAAAUUGUGAUACACCAAAUGAAUUUACUCAUUCCUUUAAGCUAGCAUCAGCGUACAGUGAAGAUAUAAUGCCAUAUACAAAUUAUACAUUCGAUUUUAAAGGUAUUAUUGAUUAUGUAUUUUACUCGAAGCAAGGUAUGAUCCCACUUGGCCUGCUCGGUCCUAUCUCGUCCGACUGGUUGCGGGACAACAAGGUGGUCGGAUGUCCCCAUCCGCAUAUACCAUCGGAUCACUUCCCACUGCUGGUGGAGCUAGAGCUAAUUCAUCUGAGUAGUACGCAGCCUCCCAAUGGACUCAUUGGUCGGAGGUAGCAAUAAGACCUACACCCACUUAGCACCCACAAAACAGCAAAACGAGCAACCACAACAAACAAACAACAACAAUAAGAAUCAUCAUCACUCAAAAACAGCAACUAACAGACGUAAUAGUUGUAGUAGUAAUAGUAGUACUAGAAGCAGAUGCAACAAAACCAACAAAUCAACCCACAGUAAUGCUAACAGCACCGCUAGCAACUCAGCCGGUUCAGCAAAAGCUCAUAAACCUCGGCAGAAGGGCCAAAGCCUUGAAUUCGACCUAGGAAAUAUCACCCCUUCGAAUACCACCACCAUCACCAUCACCAACGAUUUGACUUUGACGACAAAGACGACUACGGCAGUGACCUCUAGUAGCAACAAGGGCAGUAGUGCAACAGAUCAUCGCAACCAACAUCAACAGUCCCCCAACUUCCAUCAUCAUGUUCGCAAAGGCAAGACCGCUGCUUCGGUCAACCAUACUAGAAAGAUCACCCCAAAGCCAAACAACAAACUCUAGAAAAACCCACCCAACCAAACAAACAAAAAAGAAAAACUAAACACAAAAGACAGAGAGGUUUGAAUCUCAGCUAAAGCAACAAUCGAUGAAUGAAAAACAAUACAAAUAAUAACAACGGGCGAUGAAGAGGCGCAAUUGUUUAGGAAAACCAAUAAGUGCAACCAAUAAAUCGGUACUAGACCGCUCAGAUUAUAUAGUAGUAGGUUCUCGUAGUAGUAGAUUAUUUUUCUCAUUUGUGUCCUCCGCAGUGCAUCCCAAGAAGUCGUUUUUGUGAUAUUUAUUUUUUACUUAGGUUUUUUUUACUCAUGCUUUAAUGAAAUUAUGUAUCCAAACGUCACAACAAAAUUGCUACCAAACAAACUAUAAAAAAGCAUAAGCAUUCAUCGAUUUACUCCGGAGAUUCUGACGAACCGGCCUGGCCGGGACUCGAACCGUUAGCCAAGGAACAACAAUAGCAUAAACCAAGCAGCGCGCUUCGAUCUAGUACUUCACUCUCGCACCGGAAAAAAAUCCAGCUGCGAUCUGUGGAUAGUGUCAUCGGCAAACAUUGAGAUUCACCCCAAGACCGAAAAGAUGAAAGGAAGAAAAUUAUGGAAAAAGGAAUGAUAUAAUGAAAAGCACUUUAUUUCUCCUUG